UCUUCCGAUGCAGGCCGCCGCAGAUUCGGUGUUUUCAUGUCGCUUUGUGAACUGGUCGAGGGAAAUCGCGUCGGCCGUGAAAAAAAAAAAGAACCCCCAAAAAACGACGAAUGAUGAAAAUAGAAAUUAGUCUGGGCGGCGUAAUGAGAUUGUACCAAACUUCCUCCCCUAAUGAAGAGGCCCCGCCCUGAAACAAUGUCCUGGGCUUCGGGGGGCGGGGCGGGGUCACCAUGAAGGCCUGGCUCCACCUCUCCGACCACCCUCACCCAAUGGCAAACCAGCGCCGCCCCGCCCAGAGUCAGCCGUCGGGGGGGCCUGCGCGCGCACCACCCUCGGCUGUCUCUCCUGCUGGCUACAAGUUGCUCUGUGCGGCGAUUCAGCGGGAGGUUUAUUGGGUGUGCGUUGAAGUGCGUGAGGGACGAGUGUGGGAAGGAGGAGGAGGUGCUGUGAUUACUCUCGGAACCUUUUGAAUACCUGGAGGAGGAGGAGGAGGGAAAAAAACAACGCUCCGAGGAGGUCGUGAGCGUGAACUCGGUCUGGGACUUCCAUGAGCGGCGCCGCGGGACCUACCGAGUGCUGUCCCGCCGUCACCACCACCGCCACUGUCACCACCACCACCACCACCACCUUGGAGCAGUCAGCCACCACCACAACCACCACCGCAGCCGCCACCACCCCCACCGGAAUGAAGAAGUUGGGAAGAACAAAAGCACCGACAGUCAAACGUGAGCGGGUGUCACCCUCCCGCGGGGACAGCGUCGGCCUGUCGGUGGUGGCGUCCCAGGGGUGCGGCGAGGUGUGUCAGGGCUGCCGGGACGUAAUCGCCGACCGCUUCCUGCUGCGGGUCAACUCCCGCUCGUGGCACCAGACGUGCCUGCGGUGCUGCGUGUGCCAGCUGGCCCUCGACCGCCAGCCCUCCUGCUUCAUCAGGGAACACAACGUCUACUGCAAGACGGACUACACCAGGAACUUCGGCGCGCGGUGCGCCAAGUGCUGCCGCAGCAUCGGCGCCGCGGACUGGGUUCGCCGCGCGCGGGACCGCGUCUACCACCUCGCCUGCUUCGCCUGCGACGCCUGCAAGCGGCAGCUCAGCACCGGCGAGGAGUUUGCGCUUCACGACAGCCGCGUGCUGUGUAAGCAGCACUACCUCGAGUCCAUCGAGGGCGGCGCGACGAGUAAUGACGAGAACACGGACGGGGAGGGCAGCCAGCGGAAGAGCAAGCGGGUGCGAACGACGUUCACGGACGAGCAGCUGCAGGUGCUUCAGGCAAACUUCCAGAUCGACUCCAACCCCGACAGUCAAGACCUGGAGAGGAUCGCGCAGCUGACGGGCCUCAGCAAGCGGGUGACGCAAGUGUGGUUCCAGAACUCCCGCGCCAGGCAGAAGAAACACAUGUCCUCGAAGAAACAGCAACAAGGAGUGGACCGCGCCCUGCAGGACAUGAACGGCUCCCUGGCUCGAACCAUUGACCUCCACUUCAUGUACUCCUUCAGGCCACACAGCGUAGAGCCUGACGACUCCUCCUCCCCCGAGACGCCCAUAAUGACGAUGAUGCACGGAGAGGUGUGACGUCACGCACUGGGAUGAGGCGCGUCCCGUUGAAAAGGCUGAAGACCCCCUCCUCGACCCCCUCCACCUCUCCAUCACCAAGACCAAGACCUUCUCCACCUCCCCGUCACCAAGACCAAGCCCUUUUACGUCACCUCAUUGUUACGUCGCGGAAAGAGAGAUUAAAAAGACGGAUUAACGGACAGACAGACAGACGGACGGAUUGAUAGACUGACAGGCGGAAAAGACUUAUCACUUGCAAUUUUUUUUCUCUCCUGCCAUAUUCUGCGAUUUACUGAUUUCUCUUUUUUCAUUGUUAAGAUAUUUCAGUCGAUAAUAGAUGAUAUAUAAGUAUA